AUGGCAUCCCCAAAGUCUACUAACCUUCCUCAGGUUUGGCAUUUUAAACUCGAGGAAGGGAUGCAGCUUCAGGUUAAUGUGUUUGGGUCUUCCAAUGGGUGCAAUGCAAGGAUUGAGCUUCAGCUUAAGAACUGUUCAAGGACAUGGAUUCUUCAUUGGGGUGGUCUUUACCCUGGGCAAAAGUUGAAACUGAACCAAGGAAAUUUUCGAAUUGAGAUACCUGAGAAUGUGACUGUUACUUCUCAUCUAUCUGUACCAAAGGAUUUGGUAGACCGCAAGGCAUAUUUACUUUGGGAAAGUAAGGGAAAGCCAAUAAGCUCACCACAACAACAAAAGCAAGACUAUGAAGAUGCUUUAAGAGAACUCCAAAAGGAAUUAUCAAGAGGGAUUUCCUUGGAUGAACUGUGGAAUGGCGUUGAGGGAACAAGUACCAGAAAAAUCAAUGAUACUAGAGUACUAUCUGAACAUCAUAACAGUCCAACCUCAUCCAUUUGUCAGAAAAAGCGUGAUGUUGGCCAGUGGUUGCACAAGUAUUCUGAAAGACAAACCAAAGGCACCCAUCUGCCAGUAUUGGUUCUUGUUGAGAAGUACAAGAGAGGAGAUAAUGUGAUCAUGCGGCAAUGUUUCCAUGUUGGUGACUACGAAAUAGUGGUUCUUUUGAGGGCUACCAUGGCUGACCGUCAUAUGUUAGUUGCUGUUAACAUGAAAGGCACCGCAGUGCUUCACUGGGGUCUGCCAAGGUCAUCUUCCGGAGAAUGGUUGACCCCUCCAUCAGAUAUAUUACCUGAAAGGUCAAAGCUGCUUGAUGGUGCUUGUCAGACUUAUUUUAAGGAUACGCCCACUGGAGAAGGGUUCUUUCAGUUUGUGGAUAUCAAUCUACAACAAAGGGAUUUUCUGGGAGUUCAGUUUGUCAUCUGGUCUGGCGGAUCUUGGAUAAAAAACAACGGAUCUAAUUUUUUUGUUUCCUUGAAAUCAACAGACCGUACAUUUGGAAAGGUUCGACAUUGCAACAGAGUUGACUGAACGCUGCCAAAGUGAAGGAAAUUUAGGGCUUAUCGGUGUAUUUGUUUGGUUGAGGUUUAUGGCAUGCAGGCAGCUUACAUGGAAUAAAAAUUAUACUGUGAAACCUCGGUAAAAAAUUGUUCUCUAUU